AUGUCACUGUACCAAUUGCAAAGAACGAUGUCGACGGAUACUUUGGUUGGGGUCAAUGUCAACGGCAGUAAAGUCGAUCUGAGUACACCCACAAAUGGUGAUUCGACUUUUAACUUUCAAAUAGUGCAGAAACCAGCUUCGGAUCCUCCAAUUGAAAACGAAUUAACGGGUAAUACUUUGCAAGGCCACAGCGAGAAUAUGCAGUUGAGAGAUUCAAGUCUGAUCGAGGAAUUUCUUAAUAUCGAAAACGUGGCUGGAGAUAGAUCGCCUAAGCUGAAAAGAAGGUUAUCUAUAUCCGAGUACAGAAGCAGCAAGCAAGGAUACUACGAGUACGAGUUCUUCGAGAAGGGCAUUCAUAAGGGAGAGACGGAGGACGAUGAGGAGAUCAUGGUGACUGACGACGAGGGUCUCGACAUUCUCUCGUUCCCGUUCAGAAAACAGCGGAAGGACUCAGUUUUCAGUGACUACGGAAAUGAAAUGGUGAUGAAUUUCACACCAGAAGCAUUCAUCCCUGCUGCAUCUCCACCGGUGAGUGAGGAGAUGUUUGUCGACAGCAUACCACUCAACGGAGCAGAAACGCCUCAGCGGAAAAAGGUGAAAGAUUAUUUUAAGUUAAAUUUAUUCGGAGCCACGAAAAAUGAUUUGCCCGUCAUAGAUCCGGAGCUCUUGGAUGACGAACCUCAGCCUAUUUUAAGAAAGAAAUACUUUUGGAGCAGGAAGCCCACUGUUCCAGUAAGCGGGACUUUAAAUGCUUCGGAGCCGGUGGUGAACCCAUUUGAAUUAUUGGCUUCGAACACCAUCGACGCUCAAUACAGCUUAAGCACCGAGUCGACGCACUUCAGCACAAUAGAUACUGCCCAACAGCCAUCAGAAUUAAUUAAUGAGGCAGGCGUUGUGAAAAAGAAACUCGGCUUCCCAAAAACUCGAGGCAGAAAACCCUCACCAAUUUUGGAUGCAUCCAAGCAAUUCGCAUGCGAAUUCUGCGAUAGGAGAUUCAGGAGACAGGAACAUUUGAAGAGACAUGUAAGAUCUUUACAUAUGGGCGAGAAGCCUUAUGGGUGUCACAUAUGCGGCAAGAAAUUUAGCAGAAGUGACAAUCUGAACCAGCACAUAAAAACACACGGAGGAGAAUCCGUGUGA